AUGAAUAAUGCGCGCAUAUUCUCCUUUGCUAAUGAGAGUUCUGGACCGCUAGUACCUUCGCACUUGGGCUCAGGUGCUACUGCUCCCAACCCACCUUUUGAUCCGAGCUCUGUUGACUUGAAGAUCGCCCCACACUCAAGCACUACACCUCAAAAUCCACUGGCUGGUCAAUCCUCCCGGUCAUCUAUAGAGUCUCAAAAUGUUAAUGCCACGUCGGAUAAUCCUCGAAUGCUUCUAGAGGCUCGAUUGAACGCUCAGAGGGAGCACAUACAUCAAGAGAUUAUGGAAAUUAUAGAGACGGGCAAGCCAAAGAGCCUAUACUACGACUUGUACGACACGAUACUGCUGCUAUGCAUUCAAAAACGUAGUGAAGAAUCUGCGUUGUGGCAGUUCGCUUCCAAGAAUCUCAUGGCCUCGAUAGAGACAAAUGUGAUGCCAAAAAUCAGGGAAUGCUUAGUCGACUUCUUAAACAGUACUUCACACUUAGAUAUAAAUCAAUCAGCUGGUCUGAAUCUGCUGGAGACAGCGAACUUCCCCUCUGGAGGUUUUGUUGAAGAAGAUAGCGAAUGGCUGAGGGCUGCCGUUCACUUCCUGAUUAUUAUCAAAGAGUGGACUUCACGCGCUCAUCUUUUGCAGCUCCUAUUGGGAACUCAUCACACAUCACACAGAAAGUUGCCGGCGCCAUUUAAGACAUCGGGAUUACAAAAAAUAGCCUCGAUGAUCACAUCCUUGGAGGUCAACGAGACAAUGGCCUCUCUGGUCCUCAACUUGAUUGUCCAGAAAGCUUUUGAUUAUUUCUAUCAAAACAUUGAUGACCUAAAUAUUGAGCAAUUAAUCAAUGAGCUCAACAACAAAGACUCAGAUACAAUCAAAUUCAAAAAGUCUAAAAAAACGAAACCAUCGUCAAUCUUCAUUGAAUGCAUUCCAAAACAACCAAGGCAUACUGAAGUAUCUAGAAUUUCAACUCAAACCGCUCUUGAUGUGACAAUGGGCUCUGAAUCAUGCAAGAAGUUGAGGUCUCUCAGAUCAUUUCUCAUUCUGAUUAUCCAGUUAGGUGAACAGUCAAUUACCGCACUGAUGACAAUCUCCAAUAUCGAAAAAGUUGUCCCUACCGGCUUUGCCAAAAUCCAAAGACAACUAGAAGAUGACCCUGCCACAUAUGUGCGAAGAACAUUUUGCCGCAUUGUAAAGAUCUACCAGUUUCUUAUUUUUAUAUCCCUCCAAGAUAAAGAAUGCUCGGAAAUAAUUUGGGCUCUCACCUGGAGGGACCUUCUUCGAAACUUUUCGGAGUUUAUUCCUGAGUCCUUGCCGGAUUUGGUGAAGGAAGAAAACUGGGAAUAUUUGCACUCGCUUUGCGUCGUAAUCGAAAACUCGGAACCUCGCUUUUCUUGCGACACGAUGAGAAUCUUGAUACAUGCAUGGUCAUCUUAUGUUGAAUCGCAGGCUCUAGAGCAGACAAGAGGUUCAGACAUCGUAGGUGACCUUUUAGGCCUUCGAAUAGAUUUGAUGACAAUAUGCAUUCAUGCUUUUGACGAUGACAGAUUCAAAUCUGAGAUCAGAGCCGGAAUGAGCAAAGCGUUAGGCCAAAAAGAUGUCUCGACCAAAGUGGUCCAAAGUAUACUUAAGUACUGCGACUCAGGGAUGAGGCAGCUUUCUAAAGGCAAUGGAGACAAGGCUCUGCUAACAAAUGCCCUUCAAAUCUUUGCAUUGCUUCCUGACAAAGAUGGCUUUACCCAAGCAUACUGCAAAGAUCUCUCACGCCGGCUCCUCACUAGCCGCAGUUUAAAUUUGAACGCUGAGAAACAAUUUGUGGAUGGAAUCAUUGCAAUUGUUGGAGAUACAGAAAGCUCUCUUCGCUUGACAGCCAUGUUCGAUAACUACAUUCAGUCGAAGCAACAGUAUCAAAGUGUUGUGCAUAUCGAGGGCCAGUCAGAAAGCCUCGAGUUCUCUGCAUUGGUGCUCGAAAAAAAAUCUUGGCCCGAUGUACCCAGUCUGAAAGCAGAACUCAAAAUCCCGCCUGCGCUUUCACAAAUACUAUCAGAGUUUGAAAGCCUGUACGGAGCAGAAAGUGAAAAGAAAAAGAUGCAGAGACUUGACUGGACAAAUUAUGCACUUCAUCAAUUGACAAUAGAUGUUGCGUUCAAGAACGGCAGUAAAGAGCUUGUCCUCAACUUGCUCCAAGCUACCGUACUAUUGUCUUUCACAGAACGCGAUGUUCUCAGCAUUCAUGAAUUGCUUGAAAUCACAGGUAUUCCGGAAGCAUUUUUGAAGAAGGUUUUGAACUCUUUGUGCUCAUCGAAGUAUCCUAUUUUAGUUCAAUCCGGUCAUGAUGUACGGUUUAACAACGAUUUUCGGGACAAAGCGCCCAGAAUUCGCCUACCAAUGAUAAGGGAGAAAGAGGCAAUUGCUCAAGAAACCAGGCAAACGCUUUUGGUCAGUAGAACCUCUCAAAUACAGGCAGCCAUGGUUCGAGAACUCAAGACCAAGCGUUCCCUCCCAUACUUGGUGUUUUUAGCUACAAUGCUGGAGCGAUUCACUUGGGCAGCAAUCUCUGAGCUUAAGCAGACAAUCGAGAAGCUCAUCACUGAUGGCUAUAUUCUGAGGUCCGAAGAUGGGGCGGAUUUAGCCUACAUAGCAUAA